AUGCAUUUCUAUACUCCAUUACGAGUGACUCUGCUCAUAGCAGUAGGAAUGCAGGAGGUGUAUGCACAGCAAUCCGCGUGGGGUCAAUGUGGAGGAACAGGUUGGGCUGGUGCAACUACCUGCGUUUCCGGUUAUCUUCGCUUAUCACUUCAUUCAAAAGACUAUUCCCAAUGUCUUCCUGGCACCGCAUCAUCCUCAACGGGUAUAGCCACGUCCGGCACCGCAACUUCUGGCACCGCAAGUUCCGGCACACCAACCACGACCGUCCCUGCAACCACUACUGGUGCAGCCUCAUACCCAGGAGUGACACUCCAGAGUGGCUACUAUUGGAUUCGUGCUGUUGAAUCUCCAAACUUCCAUUCAUACCUCCAAGCCUCACCGACUGGCAAGCCCGGCAGAGCCCUCCUAGCUGACAGAUCAACUGCCGGUCAAUACCAAAUCGUAUCCGGCCAACUCGUCCAGCUAGUCGCGCCCAAUACUUUCCUCUAUGCAAACGUCCAACCACCUGCAAGUUCCUCUGCCGUUAAAUUAUCCAUGACGUUCAAUACAACUCAAAACACAUUUGGUACAUUUGCGUUUAGUGGAGAUGCCGUAACAUGGAGUGUAGCUAGCAUUAGUCGGCCGAAUUUAAGUGCGUGGUUGGUCUGUGGCGAUCAGGAGUUGUGGAUAAACUUGGGGAAUUAUGCAUAUUUGACGCCAACAGGAUGUGUGGAUGAGACGAUCCACUAUUUCAAUGGAGCGACUGUAGAUUGA